GGGGGGGGGGUCAGGGGUCAAGCGACGGGCUCUCAUUGGGGCUCUCUUUCUGUUAUCAAAUUUGUCGGGGAACAAAAAGGGCUCCAGUUCUCCGAGGCAGAACAUCUUGAGCGCUCAGAAGGACCGCAUUCCUGCCUGAGAGUCUGCAGCGGCCCGGCGCGGUUCCAGACGCCAGCUCUCCGUCCAGCCGCCGAGCGAGGGAUUAAUUCACCGCGCAGCGUCAACAACAACAGUAGCCUCUCCCACUGCCCUGCGUCGAGGGCGCCCACAGGCUGAAGAGCUCUCCUUAGGGGCGACCAUGGACUCCAUCACCACCACCCUGUCGGUCCCCUUCCUGCCCACCAACCAAUCAGAGGUCUGCGCGGGGGCGGACGCCACGCUGGAGAACACGCUGUUCGGCGUCUUCUACGUCCUGGUGUUCUUCCUGGCGCUGAACGGCAACGCGCUGGCGCUCUGGAUCUUCUCCCACCAGCGCGGCGCCGCCUCCCCGGCCAACGUGUUCAUGCUGCACCUGGCGGUGGCCGACCUGUGCUACGUCUUCAUCCUGCCGCUGCGCGCCGCCUACCACCUGACGGGCGGCCACUGGCCCUUCGGCGAGGCGGCGUGCCGCGCGGCGGGCUUCCUGUUCUACGUCAACAUGUACGCCAGCCUGUACUUCCUGGCGUGCGUGGCGGGCGACCGCUACCUGGCCGUGGUGCACGCCGUGCGCUCGCUGAAGGCGCGGCGCGCCCGCUCGGCCCACAUCGCCAGCCUGCUGCUGUGGGCGAUGGUCGCGGUCAGCAUGGCGCCGCUGCUGCUGUCGCGGCAGACGGCCGAGGUGGACGGCGUCACCGUGUGCCGGCAGCUGUACCGGGAGAAGGCGUCGCGCCGGGCGCUGGUGUCGCUGGGCGUGGCCUUCACGCCGCCCUUCCUGUUCACGCUCGCCUGCUACCUGCUGAUCGUGCGCUCGCUGCGGCGCGGCUCGCGGCUGGACCCCGCCCUGAAGACCAAGGCGCUGCGCACCAUCGGCCUGGUGAUGCUGAUCUACGUGCUCUGCUUCCUGCCGUACCACGUCAGCCGCGCCACCUUCAUCCUGGGCUACGCCCGCCCGGACGUGGGCUGCGGGGCGCGCCGCGCGCUGAGCCUGGCCAACCGCCUCACGUCGGCGCUCACCUGCCUGAACGCCGCCCUGGACCCCCUGGUGUACCUGUUUGGCGCCGAGAAGUUCCGCGGGACGGUGCGCCGGAUGUUCUGCCGCGAGGAGGCGGCGGGCAUCUCCGCGGCGACCAGCGGCGAGUUGAAGGGGACGCACGAGAGCUCGCUCAGCGCCAAGUCUGAGUUCUGAGCGGGUUUGCCGAACGCUUGACGACACUUCAGAGUUCGGUGUUCAAGGGUUUGAGUGGCGUCGAGAACUCGUUGUGUGCUUUACGAAUUCUGAGUUCCGAAAUAGAGUUUGUGAAACAUGUUUCGAACUCUUUGUACACCUUUUUUAAUUUCUUUAUAAACGUUGGCGUUUUUUCUAUCAAACCGUGGUACAUAAACGGCCGAUCUCUUGAGCGCGCUACGCUGCACUGUAUCGUUACGUAGGCGUCUUGUGUACGACGACGGGCUAAAUUGGUUACAAAGGCUAAUUAAGAAACUAUUGAUUGGCUCAUGAUGAUACUCGUGUAUUUGUAGGUUUUUUAUACUGGAAAUGUUUCAGCUCAGUGGUGACCACUAGCACUUAUUGAUUAUAUCGAUGUUGAUGAUUAUUAAUUGUUGAUUUAUUAUUAACAAACCAAAAGAUAAAUGACUGGAGAUGUAAUUAGAGUGUACAUAUAGGUCGACAGUUUAUUUCUUAUUUUUAUUUUUUGUACUUAUUUACUCCCAAUAUUCCUACUUUUUACUCUGUACAAUUAAACACACACACACACACACACACACACACACACACACACACACACACACACACACACACACACACACACACACACACACACACACACACACACACACACACACACACACACACACACACACACACACACACACUCUCUCUCUCUCUCUCUCUCUCUUGGUGAGAUGAGUCAUCUCAAUCAAUGUUAUGUCUUCGUCAUUCUGAAUAACUUCUUAGAAACUGACACCUUGCUUCAAUAACUAAUCUAUCCAGGUUCAGCUUCUAUGUAAAUAUAAGUCUAUAUAAGUCCACAAAUGUCUCAUCAAGUCAUUCAAGUUUCAUAUCGCUGAGCUCGAAUUACAUCAUUUCAAUAUCCUACCACCAUAGAAGGAUCCACCAAAUUAAAAUCAAGCCAAAGUUUUCUAUAUUACGACGCUUAAACUUUGCUAAAUGGAAAUAUUAAUCAUCCAUUUUACGGUUACUUGAAGUCGUACUUUUGAACUGUAUUAAUUAUUGCUGAGUAACUGCCAGGAAAAACGCUGUAUUUUGUGAUACAAAUUCUAACCAAUAUCUCUUGUGAUACUUAUUUCAUAAAUAUGCCUCUCGUACCAAUAAAAGAACUUUGGUCGCUAAUUAAAAUGUGUCGUUAUUGUUCGGG